AGUCCUUCCUCCGAGCAUUCACCCGGCCUGACUUCGUCGAUCAUCCGCGCCCCGAGCUCAUGGGUCUGGAGCAGAGAGACGGGGAGGCCGUCAACGCCUACCGCCUCUGCCUGCAAGCGGACCGACCACGGCUUCCCCGACGCGCUUCUCAAGGUCAUUGUCAAUUGACGGUUUAAAGGACGGAGAGCGCGAGAGGCGAGAAAGGAGAACGAUGGCGCUGGCUCGGGCGUCGGGAUAGUAAAGUGUGGAUUUUGCGACGGAGGACAUGAAGAGAGAGAGACAGCGAAGUGAGGAGGAAGAUGAGAUAUUUGUGGUUGAGGAUCGAAGAGGACCAGCGAUAUCGCCGGCGACGAGUAUGAUAAGAAGGGAUGGAGGAGGAAGAAGCGAGGAAAUUCUCGAAAGAAGCUCGAGAGAAGUAACAGCAGCAUCGCAACCCCAACUGACACAAAUCCAAACACCGAGUGAGAUCAAACAUUCCCAACCAAUUCAUAGGAAAAAGACAAAAUCUUUGGCAUGAACCGAUGAUGUCGACUUUGUGAAUAAAGAAUUUGCUAUGACUCAAAACGCUUUUGUUUUUGUUUUUGGCUGCGGAUGUUCUUGUUUGGGGCUGUCGAUAUUCUGUGAUAAUGCUCCAUCUCUUCUUCUCUUCCUCACCAUAGAAGCUACCUUUGCUUGCAUCAUUGGCCAAAACCCAAUCUUUGACACGGGAAGUUCGGCGAUGGCGUCAAUGGAGCCCGAGAUGAUGCGAUGAAGCCCUAACCAGAGCGCGACGCGAGGCCACCUGCUGCGUCUCCAUUUCUCAAUAUUCUUUCUGGAUUCCUUUUUUCAGAAAAAAAUAAAAUCGACUUUUUUAGCCCUGCUAUAAAUAAAAUUAGAUGUCGUGUGCCCCAUUCCUGGCCCCGUGCCUACCCUAUCGUCGCCAUCGUUCGCCGUUCCGAUCUCGCUGUGGCAACUCGCCGCGGAUCGUCCUCGAUCGUGGAGCCAUGGCGGUAGCCUAGCGACGUCGCCUUCCUGCUCCGUUCUCUCAGGUUUCAAAAUGCAAUUAAUUUUAUCUGUGCAGGAAUGAACACAGUUUGGGGUGACCUUAAUUUCGGGUUGCAUAGAAUAACUAGUGUUCAAGGAAGUAGUAUGGCAUCUGGAACUGAUUAUGAUUUCAAACAAGCGCCUGAUCAUCUCCUUGUCCUAGUCCAUGGAAUUAUGGCUAGUCCCAGUGACUGGACAUAUGCGAAGGCUGAGUUAGAAAGACAACUAGGGAGCAACUUUUUAAUAUAUGCGAGUUCAUGCAAUGGUUUCACUAAAACAUUUGAUGGAAUUGAUAGAGCAGGAAAGCGACUAGCAGAGGAGAUCUCAAGUGUGGUACAGAAGACGGGAAGUUUACAAAGGAUCUCUAUAUUGGCUCAUUCCUUGGGUGGUUUAUUCUCAAGAUAUGCAAUCGCUGUUCUUUAUUCUACAGAUAGCUUGCAUAAAGAUCAGGUUGAUGAUUACAGAAAUAGAAAUACACAAAUGGAAAAUUCAUUGAAACUAGGCAGUAUUGCUGGUUUGCAACCGAUAAACUUUAUUACCUUGGCAACUCCACAUCUUGGCGUUAGAGGGAAAAAGCAGCUUCCUUUUCUUCUGGGAUUACCACUUCUCGAAAAACUUGCACCGCCAAUAGCUCCCAUACUAGUUGGCCGAACUGGUCAACAGCUGUUUCUUACUGAUGAAAAACCAAACAGACCACCUCUUCUUUUACGAAUGGCAUCUAAGUCUGAUGAUUUGGAGUUCAUAUCUUCCCUGAAUUCAUUUAGGAAUCGAAUUCUUUAUGCCAAUGUCUCAUAUGACCAUAUGGUUGGCUGGCGAACCUCUUCAAUCAGGAGAGAGACAGAGCUUCCUAAGCCCUCUCUCAAAUCGUUGGACGGUUACAAACACAUUGUAGAUGUUCAAUAUUGUCCCCCGAUUUUAUCUGAAGAUCCUCAUUUUCCUUCAGAAGCAGCGAAAGCGAAGGAAGCUGCCCAAACUUCAUCAAACACACAGACAACCACAGAAUACUAUGAACUGAUAGAAGAGGAGAUGAUACAUGGAUUACAGAGACUGGAGUGGACGAAAGUCGAUGUGAGUUUCCAUUCAGCGACUUGGCCCUUCUUCGCGCAUAACAACAUCCAUGUAAAGAAUGAGUGGUUGUAUAAUGCUGGAGCUGGAGUUAUAGCUCAUGUCGCAGAUAGCCUCAAGCAUCAAGAAUCUCGCACACUCAUUGCAUCAAAUUUAUAGUGUAUGAUUAUUUCAGUUUUUACAUAAUAAUAUUACGCUAAACUAAUCAUAAAAAGUAAAAAAUAAAAAAUAUUGUAUAAUUUUUUUUUACAUUUACACAUGGUGACAACUUAUAAAUUCUUUUAA